CCGUGAACGCAGCACGACGGAAGAUUCCCCGUCCGGCCGCUCGGGAGUGACCUGACUUGUAGUUUCGGAAAAAGGAAUUGUGCGAACAACAGGCUACUAAUAAUUCUCGAGUUGCAAAUAUGACAGAAAGUGCAAAUAGAAAAAUGAAGAAACACCCGGUAGGCGAGAUGUCGGUCUUCGAACGAUCAUAUUCUAUGUAGUGACAGAUGAUCUUAUUCAUAAGUGCAAAACUUCCAAAAUCCUCGAAAACAGAAAUGAGAAACCACUGGGCGAAAACAUGAAACGAAACAUUUCCUUGUAUGAUAAACAAAGUGAAAGGUGAAUUACGAUUGUGAGCCUUACGUCCCCCUUGUGAGUGUAGGGAAAGAGUGAAUACUUGGAGAGUACAAAAAAUAAAGCAAAAUGUUUUCCGAUUCCCGAUCUUCACUCAACGGGUCGACGAUCUCCAUUCCGGGGUCAAUCGUCAGCGUUCGAUCGGGGGCAGAAAGGGAAGGGGAAUUAUGCAGGUGUUCCCCAAAGCUUGCCGCUUCCCCUCCCCUAUUCUAUCCGACCCCGAUCCCCAUGCCUUGUACCCCACCUGUUGGCAAGCCGCCUCAAAACACCCCCCCUACUGCCAGAACUAUACUAGUGCAAUCUCCGUCGUCAAUGCUGAUAAGUCCCCCUAUGGCUUCGUCGCCUCAGCCUUCUCUGAAUUCCUUCUUCGAUAACCUGUCCCUCUGCAGCGCCUUCUCCAGGCAGUCGCGCGUGUCCAGCCUGGCGUCCAGGCUGGGUUCCGACGUGAGCGUUGCCAUUUUCACGCCGGAAAACUCACUGAGGAGCAUGAGCCCGACGGAGGCAGUCGUUCCCUAUCACAUAAACACGCCCUUGUCCGACAGACCACUGGUCGGCGAAGCCAUCCUUCCCUGUACGCCCUCGUUCCUGCCGCUGCUGGGGAACAUCUCCAUCCUGGGGCAGCGGCAGUUCUCCUUCCACGCCCGAGAGCCCGACCACCUGACGAAGGAGGUGGUGGCGGCCGAGAACAACAACGGGUAUCCCAACGGCGUGGCGUUCAUCGCGCUACCCAGCUCCACCUCGAUCUUCCCGCCCGUCAACGGCUGGAUCGAGAGGGACCUGGUGACGGACUUGACGAAGGAAGGCCUCGCUCAGGUCGAGAACCCUCGGAGUCGUAUUGGGUUCGUGGCGUCGCGCGGCUCCCUCCUAGUGCAGGAGGCGAGGUCCGGCUCGAGGGCUCUUCGGAGGAAGGAGUCCUUUGUCGGUCGCCUGAGUGUGUCGGUGAAGAGAGGGAAUGAGAGUUCAACUGCAAGUGACCCCGAUGCCAUAGGCAUGGGCGUAGUCAGCGUGACCACUUCGAGGGCGGAUUUGGUGGGCGCAGACGAUGACGACGAAGUCACCGAAGAAUGUGGGUGGUUAUGUUUCCGACCCAAGUUUCUACAGAAGACGAGGACGGCGAAGUGGGUCCUCUUCUGGCUUUGUUGGGCCGCGGCUGCUCAGGGAAUGGUUGUGAAUGGGUUCGUCAACGUUUGCAUUACCUCCAUUGAGAAAAGAUUUGACCUUCGAUCGACGGACACAGGUUUAAUAGCCGGAGCUUACGACAUCGCCUCAGUGCUGUGUUCCGUGCCCGUUUCGUACCUCGGGUCAAGACCUGGCAGCUCGAAGCCACGGUGGUUAGGGCUUGGGGUUUUCAUCAUGGGUAUCGGGUCUUUCUUCUUCACCGUUCCCCAUUUUGCAUCUCCUCUCUACGACCCGAGAAGUGGCAGCGAUUCUACUGCCAAAGUUCUCUUCUGUUUAAAAGAGGGAAGUAGGAAUCCUAAGUGCGGUGUUAUAGUGGAGGACUGGAUUUCUUCCUUUCGUCAUAUUUUUAUAUUCGGUCAGUUCUUGCAUGGUGUUGGGGCGUCGCCCCUUUAUACCCUGGGUAUCACCUAUUUGGACGAGUCGGUGCCAGUCAAAAUGUCAUCUAUGUAUCUUGGGAUCUUCUACGCUAUGGCAGUCAUAGGACCAGCAUUUGGUUAUCUGUUGGGUGGCCAGUUUCUCAAAAUCUAUAUAGAUUCUCCAAAGGUAGAUCCUGAAAUCUAUGGCCUCAACCCCAAUAGUGAUCUGUGGCUGGGUGGCUGGUGGAUUGGAUUCCUCCUGUCUGGAGCCAUAUCCAUCCUCAUUUCUGGUCCCAUCAUGGCAUUUCCUUAUCAGUUACCAGGUGCCAAAGCGAUAAAAGCUGAACGUGUGUCAGAAGCCUAUGGGUCUGAUGCAGAUCCCCCCAGAAGUUCAGGAGGAUUUGGACGCCUAGGCGAACUUCCAAUGGCUGUUAGGAUUCUCAUUCUAAACCCUACAUUUGUGACUCUCUCACUUGCUGGAGCAACUGAGGGUAUCCUCUUGGCAGGAUUUGCAACAUUCAUGCCCAAGUUUCUUGAAAAUCAGUUUAGUAUGCCUGCCAGUUUUGCUGCUUUACUUGUAGGCUUCGUUGUUGUACCAGCUGGUGGUGGAGGAACUCUUCUGGGAGGCUGGCUGGUGAAGAAACUGCAGUUAAGAUGUUCUGGAAUCCUGAAAAUGUGCAUAAUAUUUUCAUUCUUUUGCCUUCUUUCCUGCCUCACAUUUGUUAUUUCUUGUCCGAACAUUGAUUUUGCUGGUGUCAGCGUUGGCUACAAUAACAGAACCAUUGUACCAGAUGUCCCCAAUUUGAAUGCGUCAUGCAACAGUGAGUGCAGCUGUGAAGACGUUCCGUAUGAUCCCAUCUGUGGUACAAAUAAUAUAAUGUAUUUCUCACCCUGUCAUGCUGGAUGUACUGGCAUGAAUAAGGGUCUCGAUGGCCUUAAGGUAUUCACAGGAUGUGAGUGUGUGAAGGUUCAGCCAAUCUCGCCCACUAGUCCUUUCAGCACUACUACUGCAUCUGCCUCAGGUGUGACAGAGGCAGGUGGUGAUGCGAGAUUGGCCCCAGAUUCUGCUCUGAGAGAGAAAUGUCCUACAGCUUGCUCACUCAUGCCCAUAUUUUUAGUGAUUUUCUUCAUAGUUAUGAUACUUACAUUUAUCAUUAGCUUGCCAGCUUUGGCUGGGACGUUACGGUGUGUCCCUGACACUCACAGAUCCUUUGCUCUUGGACUCCAGUGGAUAGUUGUGAGACUUUUAGGCACUAUUCCAGGGCCAAUUUUAUUUGGUGCCCUCAUAGACAAUACCUGCACUUUAUGGCAGUCAACAUGUGGAAAACGAGGAUCAUGCAGAAGUUACGAUAACUUUUACAUGAGUAGGUAUAUGAUGGGCAUAUCUAUUAUAGCCAAAGCAUUAUCUACGAUUCUGUUUUUCUUGGCUUGGUAUUUAUAUGUACCACCCAAAAGUAGCCAGGAUGACAGCCAAACGACUGGAGGAGGAGCUACCAACAGUGGGAUUCCUGUUUCCGCAAUCUCCAAAGAUUCAAAAGAAAUAAGAGAAUUGAGGGGUAUCGAUAAUCCUGCUGCUGAAUUAACUUAGGGAUGAUUAGUGCUUUUUAAUAACUUUUCCGAUAAUAUCAUGUAUAUAUAUGAUAUAUAGAUAUAUAUUAUAUAUAUACAGUACAUAUAUAUAUAUUGAUUUUUUAUUUUUUAAGACUGACGUGAUUCUUUUUAAUCUAUUUUAUGUUAUGUAAUAUACUUGUAUAUGAAGUACUUGGUUAGAAUUUUAAUUCUACAAUUGAGAGAUAUGAUAAUGAUUAUGUGAAUUAGGGCAUUUUAAAUGUGGAUGCAAGGAAUGGAUGAGAAGUGAUAACUUGUCUUUGGUUUUUAUGGAAUUUUCUUUUCAUUUAGGCACAGAUGAUAUCUUCUAGUGGUUCAGGUGCACAAAUCCUGCAAGUUUUAUUGAUUAUAUGUGAACCAGAUUUAAAAAAAAAAAAGAUUGCUGACAUAUACAUCACUGCCUUAUUGUGUUCCUUAAGAAACUGAUUAUUUUGAGAUUAGGCUUUUUUUAUUAUAUAGUGCAGUAGAACUUUAUGUUGUUAAAGUGUUAUAAGUGAGUGGCAUAAUGAGACCGAUAAAUUGAAGUUGUUAACUGAUAAGGCUCACGUUUUAUGAAGUGAAAGAAAUUGGCAUCUUUAAUCCCUCUGAUUUAUAUUUAGGAUAUAUUUAUACUUGAAAAAUUAGCUACAGGAAUUUUUCACCGGGCGACACAGGUCCUCCCCCAGAAAUAGAUUUUUCCUUUCUCAAAAUCCCUUUUAUAUGAUUGCCAAUGAACAAGGCCAGGUAGGGAAGGUCUAUUGCACAUAAGUUACAAUUUUCUUAUUUUAAGUCAGUGCAUUUGAGAAUUCAGAAGAUUUUUGUCAUCUUUCAUUUUCGAUUAACAAACUUUUAGCCUGUAUGUGAAAGAAAGUGUCAGUGAACUAACUGUGAAAUCAGAAUAUUUUAGGUACAGUAUGAUCAUUUUUAGAUACACAGUGUUCACUUUAUAUCAUUGUAUAUCCACAGAGUACAAGAGAAAGAAGAAAAAACUAAAACUGAUAAAACAUCAGUCAAAUAAGUACAACGUGCACAUGAGAAAGAAAAACCACCAAGAAAAUUAUGAAUGCAUGCAGACCUGGACUUAGGGCCACUUGAAGGGUUAAAAGCCUCUUUAGAGUGCUCAAUCUUUCCUGCUACAUGCAUUCAUUAUGGCUUGUUAGCUUUCUUAACAAAAGACCAAAGGGUAAUUUUAAAGUAAAAGUAGACGGUGAAUCACAGUAUGAUGAGAAAAAUACAGUUAAGUAUGCUUAUCACAAAUAAAUGAAUGACAUACCAUAUAUACUGUAUGAAAUAAUAUAAAGUGUAAAGUAAAAUAUCACACGUGCAGAAAAUAUAUUUAUUACUGUAACAGAGUUUAUACACAGACUGCCAGUGCAACCAUACUGUAUUAAUGCUUCUGGGUAAAUAACUACACCCAGCAUGAUAUAGGGUGACCUGACUGCAAAAGCUAAGCUUUUGUUUAAGUAAUACAUGAAGCUUUAUAUAAACUUUAUAUCCCCAAUAUUUAAAUACACAGAUAUUAUCACGAUGUUAGUAGUUGAACAAUUAUUUAAAAUCUACUGAAUGCUUCAGUUACUUUUCCAAGUUGAACUUUGAUCAGCUAAGUGGGAAAUCCAUUUUGAAGCACAUUACUAACAGAGAGCUGAGUGUUCUACAUGAAGCCCUGCCUUGCAUUCAAAGAUUUGCAAACCUGCAGAAUUCAGAGUAAAUCACUCGAAAAGUUCUGCUACAAUAGCUGGUAUCAACAAAUGCCCCUGUCUCCCUCUCUAGUGUUCCUUAGGAUCCCAGUCUCACCUAUUCUUUUUAUCCCCUUUAUCAAUUCAGUUUUGCUUUUAGCUAAUGGAUCUUUCUCUUUGUCCUUCUUAAAGAACAUCAUAUCAAAAGCCUGUGUCAUUCUCAUGAAGUUGUUUUGGGUUUAUCUUCUACCAAGCUGCAGACUAUUCAAGAAAUCCUAGGCCUUAUGAAAAGAAAAAAAAUCACAUGAUUAUGAUGAUAAAAAUAAUGGAUAUCUUUCUCAAGUUGUGGCUUACAUAAAAAAGAAAGCCUGAUACUGAGUAUACAGCCAAAAAACAGUUACAAGAAAGAGAAUAUCUCCAGACAAGUUUUUACAUAGCAUUUUAUUCCCUUUUCCAGAAAAUGAGGGUUAUUUUCUUGUGACCAUCCAAACAGACUGAGAAUGGAGAAGUAAAUAAUUACAUAUCCAAUGCUGUUUAGAAUGAAAUUUCCUAAUGCUGUGAAAAUAAGAUUAACCUCAAGUACAGCACCAAUAUCUUUACAUUUUUAAGGUAGAAAAAUGAUACAGAAACAUACUUCCAAUUAGAAUUUUAAUGGUCUGAGAAGUUAGUUGACAAUAAGAGGAAGACUUCAAUUACAAACUGUGGGAGUCAGUAACCACUUAGAGUCCACUGUACAUAUAUGUAUACAUUAAUUAGCAGCAUGUAGCCGCUGACACCCAAGUUACAAAGUUUUUAAAUAAAAAUGUAAUAGUACUUGACCAAUUCAAAGUCAGCACUACAUUCAACUGGAAUCAGUCUGGACUUGUAUAUGUUGUUUUGGUUUUCUUGGAUGUGGCUAAUAAAUCUGAAAGAUCUAGCUGUUUCCUGUAAGAAUAGUACAUGCUCCGCUGAAUGGCCUAUGCUGCCCCAGUGCUUGGUGUUACACCUAAACUUUAUACAACCAACCAACCAACUAAUCAGGAAGCCUCUUAAUUUUUAAAUGCUUACAUAUAUGAUGGUAAUUGUAUAAGCAAGAGAAUGGAGAUUAUCACCAUUACUAUCAUUAUUUAUUAUGAAUGUUAUGUAAAAUUUUCCCUUCGUGUGGUUGAUGAGGGGAAUUCGCACUCAUUCCUCUUUGUUCAAACCUUGUCUAGGUCUUAAUUGUAAACUCUUUCUCUGAUUUGCUUUGCCUUGUUACUUGUCUUUGUCUUAUCACACGCACAACCAUCUCGGUCUACUCUCCAGUAUGGGGACACCACAUCUCUUAUUCAUUUCCUAAUUUUUAGUAUGAAAUUCCCAUGAAUCUGAGCAUUUUGUAACCACAUUUCUUUGUUUCAUAAUUGUUUACUAUAUCCUUUCAUGCUGUAAUUAAGAUUACUGCUGGCCCUUACCAUCAUUCUGACCAUUGACAAGUUGACUGAGACUGAGGUCAACAGUCAGUGGCGCAAUUAGAAUCUGGUUAUUUGGAAUAUCCUACUGAUCCCUGCUCUUACUAGCUAAUGAUGGGAAUAAAGAAGCAGUCAUUGCCAGCAUAAUUAGUGAAACACGCUUUCUUAAAAUCUUAUAAUGCCUUUCACAUAGACCCACCUACCUCUUAUACUAAAGGUGGACCCCUGAGAUGUAUUGGAAUUCUAGGCAGGAUAAAAUGGAAGUCUCCUUAAACCACAUUUUCCUAGCUCAUAUCUGUAUGAGUGUCCUGGUAGGAGGUUUGUUGCCAUAUUUAUUUGUGAUAUACUGAUGUCAUCAACAUACCUGAACAAGACGAUACAUUGGAGUGGUGGCACUUCCCAUCUCCCAUUUUCCUAGGCUUUGCCUGCAAGAUGCCUGACCAAAACCCACAUUUAAGAAGAAAGAUGUCUGAGUCUUUAUUAAUGGUAGUGCCUCUUGAUUAAUUUUCAUGUCAUAUACUGUAUCCAAGUCAAUAAUAAAGUAGUAGGUUUUCUAAUAUACAGAAUUAACUGUUGGACAUUGAUGAAAAAACAAUGAUAAAAUGCUUGAUUCUACUUUUUAGUAUCCUUAAGUAAGUAAAAGCACAUUAGUCCUGUAGUUUUGUCCUAUUAGGUGAUGCCAAAACUUAUAUUCUAAGUAUGUGUAGAUUAGGAGAUUUGGGAAGCAGAGUUCAGGUACAACUAGUGCUGCUUAAACUAUUUUCUAUAUCCUACAAAGUUUCCCUCCCAAAUAUUGUCUAAUUGGUGCAUGAAAAUAUAAAUUAAGAUGCCUUCAUGUUGAAAUGAAAAGAAACAAUAAAAGCUGUGAAUGACAGUGAAAUCAAAUCAUAGCAACUGUAGAUUGAUAAAAUUGUUAACCUAUUGUUGUGUAUUGAAAGUAUAUCUGAUAGACAUAUUUUUAUAGUUUGGACGCUACAGUCAACGAAGAGUAAUCAAAGUGAUCGUUAUGAGUAGUAGUUUAUAUCAUCAUUGUGUACUUAGGAAUUACAAUGAUUUCUAAAAUGGUUUCUCUUUGCUAAAAUGCUUUGUUAGUAAUGAAUUCCUUGUAAAUUGAUGAGAAAAAGUGUCACAGUUCUUUUAUACUGAUCAUAUGUAGUAGGUGCCCGGUAACUAAGAACUGUCACAGUGUGGUUGUGAUUGCCUGUAGUGUGUGUGUGUGUGUGUGCAUCUGUCUGUAUAUUAGCGGAAAUAAUGUUGAGCAAAACAUAGCCUUUCCCCGAGUGAUUGUGCAAAAUAUUUGAGUACUAUCUGUAUAUGCUGUGUGUGUGCGUGUAUGUGGGAAUCCAAAACAUUUGGAAAAUUUUUAUUCUGUGAUUUCUAUUUCACACUGUAAAAUACAUUCCACUAAGCAUAAUUAUUUUGUUUGUAAAAUGCAGAAAAUGUUCUAUAAUAUACUGUAUUUGUAUAGAUUUUUACGUAGUAAAUGUUUUAAUAUUAUUAGAAUUUUCAUUUCAGUUAAAUGAUUGUUUGUUUACUACUCAAGAGCAUAAGAAGAAUGAAAUAAUCAAGGGUGGUGCUGACUUCAAGUAGAAAUAAAGUUUAUUUUUAGUAA